AUGGACAGAAGGUCUGCUAGAAUAAAAGCAGAGUUAGAAAGAUAUGGUUGGAAAGUUUCGAAGAAGUUUAAAUAUAGGAAGGGAAAGCCAAUAAAAGUCUAUGACAAACUGUCUGGUCUUCGCUACGAGAUGGACUUAGAAACCGCGCGCGCCAAUUAUCCAAACAGACUCGAGAGGUUAGAAGAAGAACGUCUUAUGGACAUGCCUUUCGAUGUUUCUGAGCCUCAAGUUGAGGGACACGACGGCUUUGCCAGAUUCUACUGGAAACAUGACGAACAAUUGCAUCCUUUGAGAAGGAAAAAAGGGAAGGGUGAAGACAAACAUGCUCCCAUGGAAAGAACAAGAUAUGCAUAUGAGAAGUAUCGUGAAGUUAGAAGUCAAAUUACAUCUGGUCGAACCUUUACAGUAAACUUUGACGAAGGAAAGAACAAAGAAGGCUUCAUGGGUGUACUUGCUGCAAUUCAAGACGGAAAUAAGAAAGGAUACAAUCUCAGACUAACCGUAACAGAUUUAGAUGGUCAUAUUUACUAUGCACAUGGCAAUGUCACAACAGCUGCAAUGCUUCUUGACGCUUUCAAGACUACAAAGAGAGAACAAAUGGUUGACUCCGACUCAGACAUUUUGAAUGCAAUUGAAGGAAUUGCAAGUGUCAAGUUCGAAUGGUACCAACCUAACCCUCAAGCAGUCAGACAACAUGCUGGAUACUUCCCGUUCAUAAAUAAGUCUGACAUUGACUUGACAAGGUAUGGAAUUUACAAUUCAAUCGAAACAAUUGUCAAUGAACCUUGUAUUCUUACAUGUCUCAGGAACUCUGGUCUUGUUACAGAUGAGAAGAUGAAGUAUCUUGAGUCAUGUGUGAAAACAAGGUACAUGCUCAGAGGUCAAUUGUCAAAAAUUGCACCGUUGGCAAAUGUGAAUAUCCGAGUCAACAUUCCGACUGAGAAAGGUUCUUCACAUGACGACUAUGUU